AUGCCACAUUCACAAAUAGUUUCUUUCCCUCAGUUCCCAAACCAUAAAGUUUUCAUAACAUUAUACAAAAAUGUGUCACAAGGAACCAUCAGAACCAUAAAACACGAACUAAUGCAAGCUAAUCCUAACUACGACUACUGCUUCUUAAACACAAAAUACAUAAUUUCAUUAGAACAGCUUCAAAACUCAAUCCAUAAAUCAAUACUCAACAAAGCCAACAAUUCAAUGCAAGCUAAAACCUUGAAUACGGAGAUUUUGUUGAACUUAUCACCCGUGAACGUCAUUUCCGAUGCUAUAAAGAGAUUUGGGAUACUGGAUGAUUGUGCAAACACCAUAAUUGUCAAGGUAAUUUCGCCUGAUGAUGAUGCUUCCCAGAUUGCGAAAAACCUAGACGAUAUUGUUGACGGGGACAAUGUAGAAACGAAAGAUGAGGUCUUGUUGGAUCUAGUUGAUGUAUCUAAGUUUAAAAAGGUCUACAAGUUGAACGAUGCAGUCAUUGCACCUGAGGCAAACCUUCAAGCACAAUUGACUAGAUUAGCCAUUGGUGCGUGUCUCUUGCGUGGAUAUUAA